GUCCUCCAUGUUGCCAUCACGUGGUGCGAACAGCUGAUCGUGACAUCACCCACCAUCAUGGCGGACUGGAACAGAGGUCACGGCUCUGUUGACGACGUGCUGGAUGCUGAAAACAAACGGAUUGCUGAGAACCUGGCGACCAAAGUCUCCCGCCUGAAAUCUUUGGCUUAUGACAUCGACAGAGAGGCUGAGGAUCAAAACGAGUAUCUAGACAAUAUGGAUUCAAACUUCCUGAGCGCCACAGGCCUGCUGACAGGCAGCGUGAAGCGAUUUUCCACCAUGGUCCGAUCUGGCAGAGACAAUCGUCGCCUCCUCUGCUACGUUUCCGUGGGGCUGGUCUUCGUCUUCUUUUUGCUCUACUACCUGGUUUCUAGGAUCCAACGCUGACGUGGAAAACCAGGAAUCCAUUGGGAUGCGGAACUAAACCUGAAUUUAUAUCUGAUAGAUUUAAAAAAAAAAAGAACAAAAAAACAAUAUUGUGUUCUCAUGGAGAGAAAAGACCAAAGUGAGAAACCAGACUUGAAUGA